AUGACUCUUGGAGAACUACACAAAGUGCUGAAGAACGAGAGCCUCACCGAGCAUCAGAAGCAGUUGAUUCGCAAAAUCCGCAGACGGGGAAAGAACAAGGUGGCUGCAAGAACUUGCCGUGAACGUCGCGGUGAACGUCAGCGAACCACAAAAGGAGCGGAGACGUCGUGGAAUGUACCGACACAUCCACCUGAGGCACCAUAUCAAAUCCACCUCUGA